AUGGGUCGUGCGGUGUUCCAUCGCUUGUUUCAGACCCUGACCAAGGCGCCGGUGCCGAAGCAACGGCGGCUGAAGCGGCGGCGCGUCUUUGAGGACUCGGAGGAUGAAGUGGAGGUGCCCAAAGCGGUUCCCGUCAUGGAGCUUCGCCAGGAGGGUCCUCCCGGUGAGGAAGCCUUUCGACAAGUCCGGGUCACGUCGCCCGAGCUCCAAAACUCUCGGGUCUUGGGGCUGGAUGCCGCGGUGCAGCAGGGCACGGCGGAUCAACUGCUGAAGCAGGUGGAGGAGGAAAUGAGGAAAAGUACCUUCGCGGCCUGGGAUGAGACCUUUGCGCGGCCCAGCCGCGCUUCUGCGGACCAGGCGAAGGCGGAGACGAUGCCGGAGGAGAAGGAGGAGCUGCCAGAGCUGCAGCCGAUCAAGCUGCCUGACCCGCCUGCGGCGCCUCCUGAGCGGACGGACCGACCGGCCUUUGAUGUACGAGGAGAUGGAGAUGUCCGCCGACGAAUGCGCGCGGAAAAAAAAGAGAGAGCGGAGGGGCUGCUUGGGUGUUUGAACGGACGGGGUUGCUUGGUUCUGGUCCUUGGUGGAGGGGGUCCUUGCUCCUGGUGA